AUGGCACUCAUUUGGCAGGCACUCUUCCUUGUUAUUCUCCUCCUGGGCGAGGUUAUCCGGAAGCGUGUGAAAUCCAAAACAGGAUCCAGGGAUGAGGACUCCGACUUAGAGAAGUUGCACACCUAUCCGGUUGAACAAAUCAAGGGUAAAGAGAGGUAUCGCAUCACCAUGGGACUUAAACGGCUUGAUCGACACAACUGGUUGACAAUCGACAAAAAUUACCUGGAGCAGCACAAGCUGCGCGACAACCUUUUUCGCACUCAGGGAACAAAAGUUCUCCAAUGCCUUCCUGAAGCAAAAUAUGCAUGUCAGGAAUUGCUGCAGGAAAUCGCGACAUAUCUGUGCGAUCGAUAUCCUGCUAUAUUUGAGAUGGACAAUGACGCGGUAAAGAUCACGAAGACGGGCGAAGUAUUCUGCCUUAGGGAUCAUACCAAUGGAAUGGAGCCACUCGAGAUUGCAGCUCGACUUGCUAUGGAAGAUCUCAGCGUUCUAUUAGAGGACGGGAGUGAGCAGAGCUAUUUAGCGGCAACAACUAGUCUAUUUUCAAUUGGAUGGUGCGCCAUGGGGAGAAUUGGGUGCUCCGUUUCUCAGAUGCACAGGGCUGUUCCCCUGUGGCAUAAGGAAAUUGAAUUUCCCGUUAAUAAGUUGGUUAUCCCCGGAUUCUUAUCACGGCUGCCAGUAGACUCGCCUAUGGAACGGUCGAGCUACUUCAUACAAGUAACUGCACCAGGUGAAUCUUUAAGUUCCAUCCUUUUUCAGCCAAUUGGGCUUUCGCAUGAGGAUAUCGAGCCAUUACCAAAGAAUAUUCUUAUUCGUCGCGAAAGGCAGACGUUUCGCAGGCUGCCCAAAUCUAGGGCGAUUGUGUUUGGGGUAAAAACUUCAUUGACGCCCCUUCAAGAACUCCCCCUCGAGGAAUUAAGGAACCUAGGUAAAGAAAUAGAAAGUUGGCCCGACGCUGUCGGGAAAUAUAAAGGGAGAGAUCAUUGGGGUUCCGCCGUCCUUGGGUAUUUGGGAACAAAGGUAGCCGCAACCUAG